UCUUCGUCCAUCUUCGUCGAAGAUAAGUGUGGCUGAAGUGUGAUAAGUUGUUGGUGGUCUCUUCAAUCCGAUUGCCUUUUGGUUUGUGCGAAUACUUAGCUCCUGAAUUUUCUCGGAUUGCCAUCUUUCUGAAGUCUCUAAUUCCUUGAGUCAUUCACCUGUUGAUUUUAGCGAACAUAUUCGUGUGAUCGCGCGUAGAAUCUUAAACGAUUUCAACAUGUCAAGCGAGAGCACUUCUUAUGAAGACUCGAAACGGAUGUUUUACGGCAAUCCAAUAGCGACGAUCCUGUUUUUUCAAGAUGUAGAGCAGAAGCGUAAACUGAAAUAUGGAGCCAAGUCCGUUGACGAGGAGAGAGAGAUACACGAGGACCUGCUGAGGAAAUUAGCUGUUCUAGAGCAGGUGCUGAAAAAACGGCAAGGAAUGACAGCAAGAGCAGCGCCGAAGAAGAAGAGCUCUGGCGACCCGCAGUCAGGAAACGCACCCGGCUCUAGUCCGAUUGGCUCAAUCUGUAUCUCCAGAUCGACCGGGACUCUGGUGCGUGCUAUGUACGAUUUCAAGGGCCGUUGCUCCAGCGAGCUGUCCUUUUGCCGUGGUGACGUAAUCUCAAAUGUGGUCAAAAUGGAACCCGACGAGGGAGCUGGUUGCUGGUGGCGCGGCGACCACGGCGGCAAAAAGUUCGGGUGGUUCCCCUCAAAUUACGUCCGCGAAAUCACAGCCGACGAAGUCGCCAACUCCGACUGCUCUGCUUGCCGUGCUGCAUUUCCUUCUUCGAGUCAGAGCUCCAUGACACACUCCACUGAUGAAAGAAACCCGCCAAAAAACAAACAGGCCAAGAAAUCAAAGAGGAGUAAGAGAUUCGGGUUUUGGUCUUGCAUGAGAGUGCAGAGCGACGAAGUUGAGCCUCUAACGAGUGAAAGCAACGCGGUCGUUGACCCAUACUCACCAGCAUACGUAGCAUCUCAGACAGAAGAGGAUCCCUCCAGCUCCGACUACGAUUACCUAAUUCAGGUUCGCAUCGAUGGGACAGGCACCGAAGUUUAAUCUCCAAUUCUCACCACUCAUCAGUCGUAGUCGUCCUCAUACUUGCUGACGUUCAAACGAAAAUCGACUGAAAUGAAAGUGACAGUGUUCGGACAUUAAAGUGUUGGUUAUUCUGACUCUGCCAAAGAACGCAAAUCAUGACAAGAUUCUUCUUUUCUGAUCGCGAUUGUUAGCGAUUGUGAAUGCACUUUUUUAAUGCAUUUGCCUUGCACAACAUCAUAAUGUCACAAUUGAGCGUCUCUGCAUUAAUCACUUAAUAUUUUUCUGUACCUUUUUUUGACUGUUAUUUUGAAGUUUAUUUUCUUUUAAUUGUCUUUCAUGUAGUGUGCCGUUACCUAUUCAGGGUUUAGUAUUCUCUUUUUUUUUUGUUCUUAGCUGAUUGUGAGUGGAGCUUUCAUUACUCAUUCAGUGGCGUAGUGCCUGACCAUUCAAUUUUUAUUUGAUUUACGAAAAAAAUGUCGAAUCAUGUUUCCUUUUUUUCUCAUCCAUUAUCUUGUGGAAUUUCAUGUUAUUGAAUUUAAUCGUAUAGAUUAGAGCAGAAAGUUGUAGGUGUAUUUUGAUUUCGUCCUUGAUUUUGACAAGUUACCUAUAUUUUCUUUUUUGUUUGUUAUUUAGUACAACCUAAUGCUGCCUCUUUUAUGUAUAGAAUCUCCAUGUGACCUCUUGUUAUUGUUGUAUGUCUUUGUUGUGUUGUAAGAUCAAAAUAUCUUUAUUACCUAUGCAUUAAUACUUUUUUGCAAGUUAAUGCUUCCAUCCAUGAAGAUAUAAUCCUAUAUUCUAAUCAUGAAGUUAUUUGUUUGGUUUUUUCCGAUUUUUUGUUUUCGUUUUUUUUUCCUUUUCAUUUUUCAUUUGUAUCGAACUCACCAGUCUGUUUUGUUCUGUCGAACAAUCGUUCAUCUAGAUCCUUCUUCCUCGUAAUUAUUUUAAAAUGAUCUCCAAUUUAUAUUUGAGUUUUUUCUAUGACCAUGUUUUGAUAAGUAUUUUUGAAGGAGGAUUUCUACUUUUUUUUAUAUAUUGUUGAGGUAAUUCGACCAUGAUUUAUAACCCCUCAUUUUUUCAUCAUCAUUAUUAUUACUUGAAUUCAAUCGACUGAUUAUGAUAACUUAUUAAAAUCUAUCUUUCUAUCUUGUUCUAAAAAAUAAAAUAAAAAAAAUCAUUGA